AAUAUAAAAUUUCUAAAAAUAAUUAUAGCCAAGAGCAUUUGUACGAAAAAAACGGGAGAAUUAAUUAAUUGAAAUGGAAAUAAAACAAAAGCCACAUUCAGAAAAUAAGCGGACUAGGAAGAAGAUAAGUGAAAAAUCCAAAAAUUUAAUAAAAACAACUAGCAUAGGAUAUAAAAGUGAAAAAUUAAAAGUCGAAAAAUCAAUUUUACCUAUACGUGCUGCAACAUUGAUGAGGCCGGCUUCAAACUCGUUGUCAUGUUUUAAUAAAUUAAUAUGCCCUUAUCGGCAUUUUUUAACAUUAAAUGUAUUGAUUUUCCUAAUUUUUAUGAGUUUAAUAAACUUUGCAAAUUGUGUCUAUAUUAACACUGGAAGGAAUUUACAAAAACAGGAGGAGGCGUCGCUAAGAUUCAAAAGAAGUUAUUUUGAAAUUAAUAACAAAAUCGAGAAUCGUCAGAUACGUUCCGAAGAAGCACCGUUGGCUGAGAGGAGCUCCACAACUGAUGACACGUCAUCGUUCGAAAUAACCGGGAUACGAGUUGAGGAUAGCGGCCAUAAUGUACAGUUUGAAGAUGGCAUACCCAGCGUCCUAAGAGAUACACAAUUUAUUAUACGCGUGUUUGGGAACGGUUUAACAGCGGAUACUAUGAUAGCGUUUAGCACUCAACUCAAAGAACCAGGAGCUCAUUGUCAAUUUCCAUCGACAUUAUUGCAUAAACCUUUAAAUAAUUCCGUGACCGGUGCAACAGCUUUGUAUGAAAUCAAGUUACCGUCAUCUAAGGAAGAAUUUUUUAUUUGCGCUAAAAAGGAUCCGGAUGCUUUUAAGGAAAAUCAAGCCGAUCCUUUGCCUUUAAUACAUAAAUGUAAAGAUUCUUGGUGUGCUUUGCGUACUCAUGAAAGCAUUUUACCACUAUGGGUGUCGAUUGUCGUUAUUGGAAUUUGUUUAUGCUUUUCGGCUCUCUUCUCGGGAUUAAAUUUAGGUCUCAUGUCCCUAGAUCGCACUGAAUUAAAGAUUUUGCGCAAUACAGGCUCCAAUAAGGAACGCGAGUACGCCAAGAAGAUACAACCGGUCAGAGAUCAAGGUAAUUACCUGUUGUGCAGUAUACUGUUGGGUAAUGUGUUGGUUAACUCGACCUUUACCAUUCUCUUGGAUGGCUUGACUUCUGGGCUUAUUGCUGUGGUGUGCUCAACGAUUGCCAUCGUUAUAUUCGGUGAAAUUACACCACAGGCGAUUUGUUCUCGUCACGGCCUGGCGGUGGGUGCGAAAACCAUUUAUGUCACAAAAAUGGUGAUGAUUGUAACGUUUCCUUUGGCUUAUCCAACUUCAAAAAUUCUCGAUUAUUUGCUAGGCGAAGAAAUUGGCAACGUUUAUAAUCGCGAACGCCUUAAAGAAUUAGUGAAGGUAACUACCGGUAUUAAUGAUUUGGAUAAAAAUGAAGUUAAUAUCAUUUCUGGAGCAUUGGAAUUGCGUAAGAAAACCGUCACUGAUGUUAUGACACAUAUUGAUGAUGCUUUCAUGUUACCUUUGGAGGCAACUCUUGACUUUGAAACUGUUUCUGAGAUAAUGAAGACAGGUUAUUCACGGAUACCUGUAUAUGACGGCGAUCGGAAAAAUAUCGUUACAUUGCUAUAUAUCAAAGAUUUAGCUUUCGUUGAUCCAGACGAUAAUACACCGUUGCGAACUUUAUGUGAAUUCUAUCAAAAUCCAGUGCAUUUUGUUUUUGAAGAUGUUACCUUGGAUGUUAUGUUCAAUCAAUUCAAGGAUGGUACUUUCGGUCACUUGGCUUUUGUGCAUCGUGUCAACGAUGAAGGUGACGGUGACCCAUUUUAUGAAACUAUUGGCUUAGUUACUUUAGAAGAUGUUAUAGAAGAACUAAUACAAGCGGAAAUUGUCGAUGAAACUGAUGUGUUUGUUGACAAUCGUACAAAGGUUCGUCGUAAUCGUUAUAAAAAGCAAGAUUUCACAGUGUUUGCGGAACGUAAGGAACAUCAAACCAUACACAUUUCACCACAGUUGGCCUUGGCCACAUUCCAGUACUUAAGCACCUCGGUUGAUGCCUUCCGAAACGAUGUUAUAUCGGAGGCGAUUUUACGGCGCUUACUUAAUCAAAACAUUAUAUUUAACAUUAAAUGUAAAGGUAAAGAAAAAGACGAUCCGUCCCUAUUCCUUUACCAGCAGGGUAAAGCUGCUGAUUACUUUGUACUUAUUCUGGAGGGUCGUGUUGAGGUCAAAGCUGGUAAAGAAAGCUUGCUUUUCGAAGGUGGACCUUUUACUUACUUUGGUACUCAAGCGUUAGUACCUGUUGUUCUUGUAGAGUCUUCUUCGCAACAGGGUUCAUUGCAGUCAUUGAAUUUAGAAAAUCCGAAAGUUCGGCAAACUUUUAUACCCGACUAUUCAGUACGCGCUCUUACUGAUGUCACUUAUAUUGCCAUUAAGCGUAACUUAUAUUUAACUGCCAAAAAGGCCACGUUACUGGAAAAAACUCGAAAAUCUGGCACUUCGUUUGCAGUCGACUUUGAUGCUGAGGUAGAAAAGCUGUUGCAUUCCCUACAUGAAGACGAUAAACAACAGUUCUUUCGCGGUAGCCAAAAUUUGCGCAAAGGUUCAAUGGUGUUAACCGCCAGCAAUACAGCGUCGCCAUCAUUAAAUGAUUUCUCGCAGCAAAGUCGAAGUAUAGCAGCGACAGUGACGCAACAAAAUUCGCAGGCGACUAAUAGCGGCGAAAUCAAUGAAGUUAUAUCGAUGAGUAGUUUAUUAACUUCAGAGGCAGCGGCCAAUAACAGCGAUUUAAAUACCCACGAAUAUAUCUGUAAUGACGGUGGUGGGGGCGGUGAUAAAGCGAUAGUCACGACACCUUUGCUACCGAAAUCGGAUCUUAAGCACAAUAAUGUCAAUGCAAAAUAACAAAAACCUAUUUAACAGUCUAUAUGAACUGUUAAAGAUGUAGCAAAAAACACAACAAAUACAAUAUGUUUUCCAUAAAUAAGUAAUAGAAAAAAGUAGAAAACAAAAAAAAACAAAAAAAAAAAAAAACAGAAAAUUUUGUGAAAACUUUUUUCUUCAAAACCGAAAAAUCAGUUUCUAUGUUUAUCAUGUGAUUUCUUUUUUAAGAUUUAGUAAAAAAAUAAAGAAAAACACUAUAAAUCGAAUAGAGAGCAUAUAUA